GAGUAAAUGCAUCAAAAAAUAAAACUACAACUGCUGCAGUAGUCAUGGCGUUGAUUUGGCAAUGGAUGAUCAUGGUCCUAGCGACGCUGGCAACCAGCAACAAUGGGGAAUCAGUCGAAAGCUGUGCCAUGCCUUUGAUGGUCACAAGGGGUAUCACAUUUCGAACUUCAAUCGGUGGAAACGAUGUGUACAACAACACAGAAUACAGAUUUGAUGGAUUAGUUUGCAACCAUGUAAGUUAUGAUGACAUUGGAGGUGUAAGAUAUGAGAAAUUGAAGUGCAAAACUGGAAACAUAACUCACAGCAGUUCUCAAGUAACAGGGAAAAAACAGAUCGACAUAGACAUAAAUCAUAUCAACGGACUGAUUUGCAAAACAAAGGAACAACCAAAUUUAAUGCCAAACUUGCACGUCCAUUUUUCUUGUGAAAUUGGAGAACAUUAUGGUUUUUAUUGCGAUGCGAGCAAGUUUUGUGUGAUUGAACCAGCCAGUCUCUACCAAAGAAGUGGACAGAAUUUAGAAGAAUGGAAACAACUGAUCGGCUAUAGGGGGACAAAUUUUAUUUCGCUCGAAGGAGGAUAUGGUUUUGAAUGCCCUGAACCUUUUGUUUGCUAUUGGCAGACGUGUUCGAGCAUAUUGAUCACCAGUAAAGAAUGGGACGCAAAUACAGACCCUCAACGUCUGGAGAUAUCGCUGCGACUAUCUUUGGAAGGUAUCCUAAAAAUGCCAAGUCAUUUCACAAGCUUGGAAAUCACCAAGACAAAUGUAUCACAAUUGCCUGUCAUAAUCUGCCAAUUUCGAAACCUACGUCGACUUGUACUGGUGCACAACAACUUGUCAGAGUUACCAGACUGUUUGGAAAAAUUGAGUAAUCUAGAAAUCCUAGACGUCUCAUUCAAUGCUUUAAAAUCCAUCAAAAGGAUUUAUUUUGGAUCUGGAGGCAAUAACAAGAAAAAAUUCUUAGAUCUUUCAUUCAAUCAGAUAACUUACAUUGACAUAGAGGCACUGGAAAAGUUUGACGAAAAAGGUUUGGAGUUCCUGAGCUUAAGAAACAACGCAUUGAAAAACAUUGACCUAUACUUGCCGAAUUUAUUAAAUCACAUUGACCUUUCAAACAACAACAUCAAAUAUAUUAAACUGAACGCAUGGCAUGAACCACAAGUAUUAAAAACAUUGCUCUUGCAGCAUAAUGAAAUUGAAACUGUGGACUUCUAUAUACCAUCACCUCUAAUAUCACUUGAUUUGUCUCAUAAUUAUAUAGAAUCUGUUAAUGGGGAAAAGCUUCGUAAUGCUAAAAACCUGGAAGGCCUUUUCCUGAAUAACAACAGAAUCAGGCAAAUACGCUACCCUUACUCUAUGCCAUAUGGUCUGAAAUAUAUAACUUUGAACAAUAAUCAUUUUGAAAAACUUGAUUUUCUUUCCAAAUUAUCACUAAAAAGUCUAGAAAUUAUGGACUUGUCCUACAACAGCAUUACAAGUGUUGACUUUGCUAGUUUCAAGAAUGCAAAAAAUCUUAAAACACUUCUCCUUCAACAUAACAUCAUCCGUGAAAUAGACGGAAAUAUUCUCAAAGAAAAGACCAUCUUGCCUAAAAUGAAAAACAUGAAUUUUUCACACAACCAACUAAGAGUUGCACCACUAAAUCUAAUAUUCCUAAAACGGUUACAGACAGUUGACUUUUCACAUAACAAAAUUGAGACCUGCACAUGGUUGAGCGAGGAUGAGGAAGAAGUCCUCAUGAACAUUGAUUACAAAUUGAAUGGUUUCUGUAUGUCUAAUUACAAUCAGGAAGAAGACAAAAAUAUCAUCAACCUCGAACACAACAGAAUCAAAUCACUAAAAGAUGUAUUUGGACUUGAAUCAAUUAUGUUACACAAACACGCCAUUCUCUUUUGUCACCUUAAAUUACGACACAACCCAUUUCACUGCAACUGUCACAUGUUUUCUUAUCUCAACAAAUUGCUAACUUACAAUUGGAAUAAUGAAAUCAUGACGACAACUUGUGAGUCACCGACACAGCUAAAAUCUCGCAGUGUGUUUGAUAAAGAAAUCGUCGACACAUUAACUUGCAACCUGCUCCCAGAACAAAAAUGCAAAUUCAUCUACAAACCAUCAGAAAAAACAUUAACUGUGAAUUGUUCAGACUUAAACUUGACAAAAUUUCCACUCACUGAUGAAACUCUACGACACGCAUUGGAAAAAUCUGCGGCAGAGAAUUUUAUACCAGAUGGAAUAAACACAGAAAUCGACCUGAAUGGUAAUAAUUUCAGCAAGAUAAUCUCCGGCCAGGAAAAGACACUUCUCCCAGUGUUAAUGGAGAUAGGCAUCAAUACACGCAUUAAUGUACUUGAUCUGAGUCAUUCAAACAUAAAUGAAAUUAACGAUAUGUUUUUAUUUGACUUGUCCUAUCAAAUUCCCAAUCUGACAAAAUUACAUUUGAAUGACAAUAACUUAACUGCUCUACCAAACCACAUUCUUCAUUUCGAAAGUUUGUCACUUAACAAAGAUCACAUCGUUCCGUAUUGGAAUAAGGUAAAUGAACUCCACCUCUAUAACAACCCAUGGGACUGUAGCUGUAGUGCGCAGUGGAUGAAAAGAUGGCUGAAUAACAUGAUCGAGCGCGAUAUUCUUGUCAGGCCCAAUGAAAUCCAAUGUUAUACGCCGAAGUGGAAUCGUGGUAAAAUGGUUCACAUGAUAGGAAUCUCGGACUUCUGUAUUGAGCCAAGCCCAAUACACACAUCUACACCUGUCGUGGUAUCAGUACUAGUUGCAACUAUGGUAAUAAUCAUUGUACUCAAACUGGGGAACCUUCAGAAAUUAAUGAAAUGGAUCGGUAACGGAGUACGUGCGCGCAACCAAUCGUCCAGUGCACCUGGAGAAAAUUUGACGGACAAAAGUGAUGCAAUAACUGCACCACUGAUUGGAGAAACUACAGAAGAUGACAAUGACAUAAUACCAGAACCAUCCACUGUGGGGAAUGUACAAGUUGUUGACAGUGAUGAAAUAAAACCAUUAGCCCUCAGUGAAGAAAGUCAAGUCAUGAAAGCAGAUAAUGAUGGGGAAGCAAGAGAACUACAGACUGGCAACGAUAAGGUGCGUCCGCUCUUUAGAGACGAUCGAGUAUUUGGUGACAACUUGACAUUGACAUCACCGACUAGAGCGAGUGAAGACGAAGACGAUGACAGAGACAACGGCAAUGACGACGAUGAUGACAUAACAGUGUUAUCAGCAAGUACAGACAGUGCAUUAGACGAAGCAACAGCAAUAUCGUUUGGAAGACGCAUAGCAGAUGACAACGAGACCAUACCAGAAACGCUUUCCAGGGCGAGUAAAGUAGAUAAUGAUGAUAUCGCAGAAAUGAAACUUGACGUGUUCGCCUCGUUUUCUAAGAAAGACGCGACUUCGAACACAAAAUGACCUGUAAAGCCAAUUGGUGAGAGUCGCAACGCAAACACCAUGCACUUGAUACCACUAUAAACAAAAAUGGAUUAGUUCAAAACAACCUCUACCUAAAAAAACCCUUCCAAAUUCUAUUAUUAAGCAGUGUAUUUUAGAAACUUUUUCACAAUAUGUUUUGUACAACUUUUAACAAAUUUUGACAGUAAAAAAUAUUGAAUAAAUGAAGCAGUUUUUUAGGUUGACAAAUCUUCAUAAUUAUGAGAAACAAAAGAAUUUUUGGGUGCAAGGAAUAAGCAAACCAGUUGGCUUUUCUCUGCCCAAAACCUUAUCAAUAAGGGUCACUACUCGGGCAAGUUGGCAUUUUGCAGAAAAAAACACCUACAUUUCGAUAGUUUAUGAGUAAAUGGUGAUUUUCUUUGCAGCUUUUUCAAUUUUUUCCGAUGGGCUUAAUCAUGAGGUUUUGAAAGGAACCAGUUUUGGACCCACCUUGCACUGAAAGCCAAUGUACAGACAUGGGCAUAGGCCUACAAAUUUAUAUGUUAAAGCAUAUGACAACUGUGGCCUUUCCAGGAAUUUUAUUAGAAAAUAUAGUUAGGCUAAUCUUUUCAUAAGCCAUUUGUUAUGUUAAACUUUUCAUCUCCGGUGCUGGACCUUCAUAAACCAUAAGCUUAAGUAAUUAUUCUUAUUCUUAAGCUUUCAUAAACUAUGAGUAAAGGUUGAAAUUUUUGUAAAAAUAUAACAUGAGAAAGGCUAAUCUUUUCAAAAGCUAUGCGUUAUGUUAAACUUUUCAUAAAUCUUCUCUGGUGUUGGACUUUCAUAAAGCAUAAGCUUAAGUAAUUAUUCUUAUUCUUAAGCUUUCAUUAACUAUGAGUAAGGUUGAACUUUUCGUAAAAAUAUAACAUAAGUAAGGCUAAUCUUUCCAAAAGCUAUGCGUUAUGUUAAACUUUUCAUAAAUCUUCUCUGGUGUUGGACUUUCAUAAACCAUAAGCUUAAGUAAUUAUUCUUAUUCUUAAGCUUUCAUAAACUAUGAGUAAAGGUUGAAAUUUUCGUAAAAAUAUGACAUGACUGAGGCUACUCUUUUCAAAAGCUAUGCGUUAUGUUAAACUUUUCAUAAAUAUUCUGUGGUGUUGGACUUUCAUAAACCAUAAGCUUAAGUAAUUAUUCUUAUUCUUAAGCUUUCAUGAACUAAGAAUAAGGUUGAAAUUUUUGUAAAAAUAUAACAUGAGUGAGGCUACUCUUUUCAAAAGCUAACCGUUAUGUUAAACUUUUCAUAAAUAUUCUGUGGUGUUGGACUUUCAUAAACCAUAAGCUUAAGUAAUUAUUCUUAUUCUUAAGCUUUCAUAAACUAUGAGUAAGGUUGAACUUUUCGUAAAAAUAUAACAUGAGUGAGGCUAAUCUUUUCAAAAGCUAACCGUUAUGUUAAACUUUUCAUAAAUAUUCUGUGGUGUUGGACUUUCAUAAAGCAUAAGCUUAAGUAAUUAUUCUUAUUCUUAAGCUUUCAUAAACUACGAGUGAGGUGAAAUUUUCGUAAAAAUAUAACAUGAGAAAGGCCCAUCAUUUCAAAAGCUAAGCGUUAUGUUAAACUUUUCAUAAAUCUUCUCUGGUGUUGGACUUUCAUAAAUCAUCAGCUUAAGUAACUAUUCAUUUUUGCUAGAUCAUGUAUAGGGAUUAUCUUCUUGUAGACAUGUGUAAAGAUUAAUUUUUGGUAAAUCACGUGUAUUGAUAAUCUGUUGUAAAUUAUGUGUUUAGAUUAAUUUUUUUGUAAACCAUGUGUUUAGGAGAAGUGAUUACAAAGGCUGAGGCAUGUGUACGGGAUAUAAGGAAAUGGCUGAAGCCUAACCACCUCAAGGGUAAUGACGAUAAAACGGAGUUCAUGAUUAUCGCGCAAAAUCGCCAGCUUGCCAAAUUGGAACCUUUGCCAAAUAUCCAGAUUGGGUCAUCCUCUGUCUCAGCAUCAUCUCAUGUCCGAAGCCUUGGUGCCCAUUUCGACAAAAAAAUGUGUAUGUCCAUGCAGGUCUCAAGAUGUGUUCAGGGAGUGUACUGUCAGAUAAGUCGAAUCUCCAAGAUACGGCGUUAUCUAGACAGGUCCUCAUGUGCCCGUGUAAUAAAUGCCUUGGUAACGUCCCGUCGUGAUUUUCAGAACGGCCUGCUUCUUGGUCUGCAACAUUAUGAGUUACAUCGGUUGCAAAAAGUACAAAAUGCUGCAGCUCGACUUCUCACCCAGACCAAGAGGCAGGAUCAUAUUACACCUGUCUUAAAGGAAUUGCAUUGGUUGCCUGUGAGUUCGCGCAUUGAGUACAAGGUCCUCCUGAUUGCCCACAAAUCUUUGCAUCAAGAGGAUAGUCCCAGCUACUUGAGAGGGUUGCUCAGCCUGCGUGUGCCGUCCCGUGGGCUUCGGUCCUCAGAUGAUCCAUGGCUUCUUACCAUUCCACGUUCCAAGGGGUCAUAUGGGGAUCGGAGUCUUGGUGUGAUGGUUCCCAGGCUGUGGAACUCUCUCCCUGUCUCUUUGCGCGAGCUUGCGGACACCAUUCGCGGACAUGCAUUCAAAAAACGCCUAAAAACUCAGCUUUUUAUAAAAUGUUUUAGUGAUGUCUUUUUUAUCAAAAAUGUCAAAGAUUGUCUUUUAUAAUGUACUAAAAUCUACUUCUCUUAUUUCUGUUGCAUUUAUUUUACGUCUUUAUAUAUAUAUUAUCUUUUGUAAAGUGCUUAGGAAAUGAUUUUAUUCGUUAUUGUAGCACUCUAAUUUAAUAAAUAUUAUUAUUAUUAUUAUACAGAUUAACUUUUGGUAACUUUGGUAACCAUGUACAGUAGAACCUCUCUAUUAAGGACACCCUCGGGAUUGACAUCCCUAAUAGAGAGGUGUCCUGAUUACAGAGGUUGAUUAGAAUGGAAAAACCCAAUUUGGGAAAACUAGUGUUCAUAAUAGAGAGGUGUCUGCUAAGAGAGGUUCUACUGUACGUCGAUAACCUAUCUGUAAGCCAUGCAGGAAGCUGCGAAAAAAAGAAAAGUUGCGGAAAAGUAUUUUUCGAUUGGAAAAACUUAAAAAGAAAUUACGUAUUAACAUUUUAAUUUUUUCAUCAAUUUUCACAAUUUGCAAACUGUGGCAUGUGUGACCAUUUAGCUGCUCACGGUAUUUAGAAUUAUAUAAUAAUAAUAAUAAUAAUAAUAAAUUGUUAUUUGUAAAGCGCCUGUAUCACUUGAAACAAAUGUUCACCGGCGCUGGUGAGCUCUAUUGAAAAGAAGGGUCUUGAGUUCUUUGCGAAAGGUUGAGACAUCCGAUGUAGCUCUCAAGGUGGGGGAAAGAGAGUUCCACAGUUGAGGUGCUAAAGUGGCGAAUGCUCGAAUUAUAUGAAUCAUUAGACUUAGCUGCUCACAGUAUUUAGAACUAUAUGAAUCAUUAGACUAGAGAUUGCCUAUCUUUGUGGUUGUGUAGCAUGAUUCUGUAAUAAAAUUUAA